UUUAAAAUAUGAUGUUGCGUUUGGGUACCUUGUUGAUGUUUCGGAGUUUUCAAGAAGCUGCUAAACACGGUUAUAAUGGAAUUGAAGUCUCUCUACAUAACAUAUCUUACCACAUAAUAAUUAGAGAGAUUCCACCAAACAACACCACGAACUUUAUUAUUGAUAAAAUGUCUCAGCCUUUCAUAGUCCUCUUCACCGGAUUACAGAACCGAAAAACAGAUUGACUGUCCAACGGCCGUGUAUUAUGGUACACGAUAAACAUUAACAAACGACAGUCGACAAUUUUAAUGCUACCGGAAUGUUUAUCCUUAAUCUCACAAACAAUUCAACAGUAGUCAAAUUAAAAUUAUUCAGGUCAUGUUAUACCUAUUUUUUUUAAACAUUUUCUAAAACAUCCAGAAUCUUUUUUAUGAUAAUAAGUAACUUUUUACAGUUUAAAGCAUUUCGUGUGAGGGUAUAUAUUUUUCUCUUGGUUUCCUUUCUUUUCUGUAUUCAAAUGGAAAUUUAAGGGUACUAUUUCGGAGCGAGUUUUGCGUUUACUGCGCUGGGGUUCUCUUUGCGCAUGCGUCGGUAGUAAAGCGUGUUGUAGGUCGCUAUAGCGACGAGACUAUUAAACCUUUUAGGGCUGUAGAGGGACUAGGAGCAGAUUAUGUGCAGAAGUGUUGCUCCGCUGUCUGCCAGGAGUAAUGUGGGCCACUUCAAUGAAGAGAUAGUUAUAAAAUAGUAUGCUACGGUGCUUUUAACAGCUUUGAACUCGACUGGAAUACAACUCAAGAGCCCGCUGCUGUGGUGAGUUUACUGUCAGCUUCUUGAACACGAUUCGUUAAAUCCCAUUUUAUGAAUAAACGACAGUUGUUUGAUGAAGCGUUUUACCUUUGGACGCCAAUGUACUCCCCAGAUCAGCAUUUAAGUCCCAUCUCGGCCCUGUUUAUUUUGACAGCGAGCAAAGCUGUCAAAAUAAACCGGAUUAGAGUCUGUGUAAUUAUACCUAACUGUGUCUAAUGGCUGGAUAAACUGGUGGUGAGUCACAGCAGGGCCAGCGCUUUGUAAAACAUAACCUUUUAUAGAGAGGGUUAAAAUAAAAUAAAAAAAUGCAAAACAAGUAGUUUUCUGGUAAACUGAUAAUACUACUUUGUAACCAGCAGAUGUCGACAACUCUCUGACACAAGGUACAGCUGUAAAAUAACAUGAAGCAAUAAGGCUACAAGAUAGAUGCACAUUAGAUAUAACCUUUUGCACUUUACACAUUAUUUAACUAUUCCAAAACUAAAAAUUGCUGUACCUAAUUGGACAACUGACUCCUAUACCACUUCAUAUUUAACCUAAUUGAUCUUGUUUUAUUCUGUAUAACAACUGGUGUCCCUUAUAAAAUGUUGCCCCAUUUGAGUAUUUAAUAGUUUUAAAUCAGUAUUUCUUCUGGUUUCUUUGAUUGCUUGUUGUCUUUUAACUGCUUCUGUAAAUGACUCAGUGUCAUUGUACAUGAAGUUUGCCCCUUAAUUAUCUUUCAAGUAUAAGUGAAGGUUGAUUGGUAAAGUUUAGAGAGUAAACAUGUUAGAGCCUCACAAACUUUUUUCAGCAUAGAGAGAUAGUUUUGUAUGGCUUCACUGGAAGCUAUUGGGUCUUAAAUUUGUUGUAUUUCGUACAGUUCUAUCAUUGGUGACGUACAGAAGGUCUUGUGUGAUGUUAAUGAGCCUGACAGCAGCCUAAAAGCAUUAAAUGAAACAGUCAUUGUUUCGCCUACAGAGAAGUCUGUUUAAGAGCAACAAGUUUAAGUUCAGACCUGCAUGUUUUGGAGAUCUGCAUCUGAUAUUGUUCUGACUGGUCCUUUUUCAUCAGUGAAGAUUAUGAGUGAGGUGGUUUGCACAAAGACCCAGGAGGAGUAUGAGGACGACUUUGAGAAGGAUCUGGACUGGCUGAUCAGUGAGGAGAGUCGAUGUGAGGAUCAGGUACAUCAGACGAUCAUCAGUUCGAUUAACUUUGUCGGUUUCCUGAAACUUUUUAUUUGAACCCACUUGCACAUUUUUUUUCUUUUCUUGUGUGAAACAUAAUUUGGGGUGUUUCUCUAAUGUCUCAUCCCACUAUAUGAAAGUACGACUGUGAGAGAUGUUGAGUAACCCAAGCUGGCAUGUCUCCCAGUCAACUCUGUCCACAUACAGUGACACACUUUCACUGUUCCACUGCCGCUGGAUGCAAUAUUGAUGAACACUUCCACUCACGUCUAUUAUCACACUUGCUACUACCUGCUGAGUAUUGAUGCUGCCCAUUCACAUUCAGCCUUGAUGAAAGAAUGUCUCUCCCACAGGGUCCUGACUAUGAUGACUUAGAAGCAGAAAUUGAUAGAGAAUUGGAGGAGGAAGAGAAACAACAAGGAGUAAAAAGAAAAAAGAAAAACAUGAAGGAGGUGAAGCAAGGAAACAAAACAGAGGAGGUAGAGGAAGAUGAGGAGCGGUGGCCCUCACCUAUGGAGCCGCUGGAGUACGAUUCAGACAGAGACAGCCCAAACAAGUCUUUACAUAUAGUCCCCCCUCCCCCUGGAAUAGAUGAGCAGUCAGAAGAGGAUAAGAAGUACAUACAAGAGAAGAUCCAGCAGGCAAAUCGGGAGCUACAGGACCAGGAAGCUCCAGAUGUGACGAGGCGCAGGCGGCUUCAUUUUAAAGAGAAGCUGGUGGAUCUGGUAGUGCCUCCGCUGCAGUAUGAGAAAGAUAGUGGAGAGGUGGAAGGAGUAAAGAUCAGCAAGGACACAAAUAAAGGUUCGGAGGCAGACACUGAGGUGUCAGGGAAGCUGUCAGAGCUCAAACUUUCUCCAAGAGAGGAAAAUUUACAGUCGAGGGGAUCUGCCGAAGAGCAGGCAGGGAAGGAAGGUAGAAUCCUUGUAGAAAAGGACGGCAAGUUUGACCUGGUCAGCCUGAAAGAAGUGGAGAGUCAAGGGCUUCUUCCUCCAAUAGUAAACAGUGACUACUUACGCUCCCCCACACUGACUGAGAGCACCAGAAAGAUCCCCAGAUCCUCCUCUUCUCCUCUCCAGCAAGGCCUAAAUCACUCCCAUGCCCCCAGACCUCCAGCUCAACCGAGGAGCCGACCCAGCUCAGCCAGCCACAGCCAGAGAGGAGGAGGCCGGAGCCUCAACAGCAGCAGCAGCAGCAACAGCAGGCGAGCACAGUCAGCCACUGGGACCCCCUGCCAGGCCACCUACACCCUCUCACCCCAGCAGAAAGAGCUGCUGCAAAGGGUCCGAGAGAGAAAGGAGAGGCUAGCCAGAGAGGUGAGGAAUGGGUGUUAAUUGAAGUUACAGUAAAACUGUCUAAUGUUGUAACUUUCCUUGCUAAAAUGUUACUGAAUUUACGUCUCAGAUUGAGGUUAUCUUGUUCCUUGUGCCAGGCUGAGCAGAGGAAACGAGAGGAGGAGGAACAGAAGAAGCAGGAGAACGAGCUGGCAUUCAAAGCCUGGAUGUUAAGGAAGAGGGGGCAGCUUCAGGAGGAGAGGAGGAUCCACAGAGCCCAGGAGAUGGAGAGGAUGAAUUCUAAGGUACGACCACAGGGGGGCAGACAAACCCAGCAUUUGUUGCUGAUGCGACAGGAAUGCUGUGGAGCAUGGAUUUAGUAAAUAUAUGCUCUUUUUUGAUUGGCUCUCCUUUAAUUACUUCUCUAAUAUCUAAACAGGUUUUAUUCAGUUUUUGAAGAUGUUGUUGAAUUUUAACAUUACUUCAGAAUUAUUUGGUAUUCUCAAAGUUGCAGUGUCAUUCUGCUUUUUUUCUAACCUCUUUCAUACAAAUUAGUAUUCAAAUAACUGAAGACUGAUGCUGAUAGUGUCAAAUUUUAUCCACACUGAUUUAAUAAUUUCACUAAGUUUUCUUAAAUAUGACUCUGACUGAAGUGCACUGUAAUAACUGAUGCAUCAGAGCGGCUGAAUUACACAAUGAAUUAAAUCAUCAUUUCCACUUUUAUUUCCACCCUGUGGCUGGAUGUGUUUGUACAUCCACCAUGCAGAGGGACUCCUAUGACCCUGAGGAGUCAUUCCGGCUGUGGCUUCAGAGGAAACAGGAGCAGCAGCAGAAAGAGAAACAGCUGCAGGAGCUGAAGAAGAUGGAGGAGGACAGUGGGUACCUGUUACGCAGCCGUGAGGAGUGUGAACAUGCCUUUAAAGUGUAAGUUCAACUUUUUUAUACACAUGAGGGGUCUGAAAUCUACAGGAACACUGUGAAUAACUUAUAUAUAAUUUGUUCAUUUUACUCCAUUAAUAUUAGAUUUCAUGGUUUUAUGGUCUUACAUUUUGUUUCCUGUUUUUUUUCUGACCUCAGGUGGUUGAAGAGGAAGCGGGCAGAAAAGCGAGCCGAGCAGCAGGCGGCUCGUGAGCGUUCCCGCAGGUUGGUGCUGGAGGAGCGACGUGCACGGCGCCUGAGGGACCUGAUGUGUACUGUAAAUGAAAACAGACCUUUCAGAUUUAAUGAACAGCUUGCCUACCAGUACUGAAACAAUAAAAUCAAACCGGCCGUGAACUCUUCAGACCAUCAUUAGAGAGUGUAAUAAAUUCAAUUUUAUCUCUCGGUCAUUUAAUCACAAACAGGAGAAUACAUUAAAUCUAUGUUGUGUCUUCAUUUCUAUUCCAGGACUGUGUUAAAAAAAAACCUAAAGGAGUGACCUCAACUAAGUGUUAACAUACCUGAGCAAUUAUUACAACAGGAUCAUUUUAAAUGGUGUUCACAUGUAUAGACUGAAUGUUUUUUGUAUAUAUAUUUUUUGUAGUGGCAGAAGCACUUUACUCAAACGGAGCUCUUCAUACACCUGCAGUGCUGAGCAGUUUAUACAUGAGAGCUUAACCAUUCAUUACUGUUUGCCUUUUUAUCAGUGUGUGAUUUAGAUCAAAGAUUAUGCUCAAUUUUAUAACAGUUUUGGUAAAACUGGAACUGUGCAGGAAUGAAAUAUAAAGAUAGAAGAGGGAAAUACUCUUCAUAUGGGCACAAUAAACACAUGACACACAAA